AUGGUGACACCAGCUUCCACAGAGCAGAGCAGAAAUAAGUCGCUGGAUCUGGAUAUGGAAAACCUCGCAUCGCCGUCCGAUGUGAGUCUCACAGCAGAGUCAGCUCGGCUUGUGAAAAUCCUUCUGAAGAGACGCACCGUCGCCGGGGACCAGGAGGGAAGCCCCGUGACGAGGAGGGUGGACUGGGUGUCGAGCGAGGACUUCACGGUCGACGAGGGGGAGCGACAGAUCGGGGAGUACAUCCGAUCCUGGGAGCUGUCGCCCCGCUGGCUCCACAGCCUGUACUUCCUCUGCACGGCCGAGGAGCAGCGGCACACCUUCCACCACUACCAGGCCCGCUUCAGCGGUCCGACGGCGGACCGGCCGAUCCAGGGGACGGCUUCCGUCUACUUCGUGAUGUGCGAGUCCAAGGUCGAAGCCCGGGAUCAGCCCGUGCAAGUGGGCUUCUUGGUGGAGUCGAACACGCUGGUGCACACGCCCGGAGCCACCCGGUUCACAGAGAAGUGGCUGGCGGAGGUGAUCGAGAGCAAGACUGCGCUGCGACAUGCGACAGAUGCACCUUGA